CUUUAGCUUACACCUUGUCAGACUAACAUGUAUCCUACUUGUAUCACGAUCUUGGAACUUGAUCGAGUUUAAAAUGUUAUGAGUGAAAAUGUGUAAGACUCGGCGGGCGAGUUUUCGGCAUUACAAUUCCUCGUCUCAUAGCAUUAACGCUGCUGGACAUUGCUAUGUGCAGUGGGCUAACGGUAGUUGCACUGUCAGCAACGACGAGAUAUGUCAGUCCCCCACAGUUAUUGGAUUAUGGAAACAAGUGCAGAGAAGGAGCAAGAGUUGGUUCCACCCAGAAAACGUCAGUAGAAGAGUAGAGGGCCAGAGACAUCCUGAAAACAGAAUGACAAGCUCAUCUACUCCCCGCAUGGUGAACACGUACAAGCGGACGUCCAGCCCGCGGUCCCCCACCAACAGCGGCGAGCUCUACACACCGGCACACGAGGAGAACGUCCGCUUCAUCCACGACACCUGGAUGUGUGUCCUGAAAGAGAUCAAAUCGCCGCAGAAUGAGCGCAACGAACGCGGGCCGCAGGAGUAUGUGGAGAAGAACCCAAACCCCAACCUGAACUCGUUCACACCAGUUGAUCUGAGUGAUCUCAAGAAACGCAACACACAGGACGCAAAGAAGUCUUAGUGGUCCUGACGCUGUCCUUCUGCGAAGAGCAGCUUUAAGGCUUUUUUAUUUCCUUCCGCUCUCGCUCUCGCUCUCCUCCUCUUCCUCCUCCUCCUCCCUCCUGGGAAGCUUCAUCCUCCUGUAGUCGUCUGUCGGCCAAUCAGGUGUUGGCACUGGGCCGAGAUUCAGCCAGAACCACCCAUCACCCCCCCUCCUCCUCCAUUAUCAUCAUCAUCAUCAUCAUCAUCAUUGUCCCCGUCAUCUGGCGAAGGUCUGGCUGCUCAGGACGACUACUGUUUUUCAACUACUCUACCCUGCUCCUACAGCCCCUGACACACACACACACACACACACACACACACACACACACACACACAAAGACACAAAGACACAAAUACACACAUGCAUAUAGACACAUUUACAAAUACAUUCACAUAUGAAAAGAUUCCCUUAGGUAUAUAUACAUUCUCCUAUAUAACAUACAGAUGCGUACAUAUACACACGUAAACACACAUACAUACAUACACACACACACACCCACCCUUUCCGCUGUUGUGUGUAUAUGUCCAGACACACGCCUCCCGUGUUGGGUGUGUGUGGAGCGGGAGCGAGAGAGGAAUCUGGAACUCUGCCUGCUGGGACUUAACGCUGUUUCCUCCGAGUCUUUUUUUAUUUUCUUCCGGAUACUUCCAUUUGCCAUUCUUCAGGCUUUUUUUUUUUUUUGGUUGCUGCUGGUUGUUUUUUUUUUUUUGUUUAUUUUUUUUUUUGUGCUUUUUUUUUCCCUUCUCUGCUUGAUUUCUUUCUUUUUUGAUAUUGGACUGAUGCUGACUUGUAGAGAAACAGUGCAGACAUUCAGCCGGAAGAAGGUCCUCAAGAGCAGACUUUUGCAUCACAUGAAAAAAAAACCCUGCAGUCUUGAACCACAAACUGUUUCAUUUUUGAUUGACACACGUUACCGUGGGGACUGUGCCGAAGGGCGGACCUAUUUCUCUUUAUUAUUGUUGUAUUUUUUUUUUUUCAAGGAAGGUAGUUUGAUAGAUCAAGGAUAAAAAAAAAAAUAUAUAGGAAUUUCAGAUAGUUACAGGCAAGUUUGGAAAGCCAAAUAUUUUUAGUAAAGGUACCUACAUUUUUAAUUAUAUUUGAAACCUUUAAAGACUUUCGUUUAAGAAAAAAAAAAGAAAAACACCCUCCCCCUCCCAUAACCCAACCCCAACGUUGAAACAGAAUUUGAAAUAAAGUGACUUUUAAGGUA